ACUUCUCCCUGUCUUCCGGCGGUCUGCUAACGAAAAAAGGAAGAAAAAAAAUUGAUCAGAAAAAGGCAGAGAAAAGGGGAAAAUGAGAAGACGACCUGGAAUCGGAGGCCUUCAAACAGCUGCUGCUGCUAGGGAUCAAUAUCGAUUAUUGGGAGAAAAUGUAGCCAAAUUACGAGCCGAUCUUAUGAAGGAACAGCUUGCUACCUUCCGUUCUCAACUCGAAGAAUUCGCUCGAAAACACAAGAACGAUAUUCGUAAAAAUCAUUCUUUUAGGACACAAUUUCACGAAAUGUGCGCUAAAGUAGGAGUGGAUCCUUUGGCUUCAAAUAAGGGAUUUUGGGCUGAGCUUUUAGGGAUUGGUGAUUUCUAUUAUGAACUUGGAGUUCAAAUUGUUGAGAUAUGCUUGGCGACUCGGCUCCUUAAUGGAGGUUUGAUCGAUCUUCAGGAACUCUGCAAAUUGCUUCGUCAGAAACGGAAACAUGAUCGUGAAGCUGUUUCUGAGGAUGACUGUUUGCGUGCUAUAAGUAAGCUGAAGAUAUUAGAUAGUGGAUUUGAGGGGAUUUCUGCUGGAAAGAAAAAGCUCGUCCGAUCGGUUCCAACCGAGUUGAAGAAAGAUCAUAAUGAAAUUCUGGUGCUGGCACAGGCUCAAGGCUAUGCGACUGUACAUGAGGUAGAGAGAUGGCUUUCCUGGAUGCACGGACGUGCUAUCGAUGCCCUUGAUACUUUAUUAGACGAAGGUCUUACAAUGAUUGAUGACGGUCAUAGAGAUGGAAGACGUCGAUAUUGGUUCCCCUGUGUAUCCUCCAUCUCCUCAUUUGGUGUUUGAUUCGUGUGGUAAGGUUAGAGAUAUUUGAAGCGGAAUCGAAAAAAAGAAAGAAAAAUGAUUGUUCCUCAAUUGAAGCUUCCAAGCAAGGCAAAGAAUCAUGUUUGUUAUGAAUAAGUGAGGUUAUGUUGUUGCAGCAAAUGUGUAAACUCCUCUUUUACAAGUAGUUCCUUCAAAGGAUCUUCUUCCUCAAAAGUCUCUUGCACCUUUUGUACAUGCUCGUCCCUCUGUAAAAUGUUAUUUUUUGUUGCCCUUCCUGUUUUCAGUACCGACCUGGGUCACACACCUGAUUUUGGUAGAUGAGUCUCACAAUAGGGA